AUGAGUAACAUCGGCGGGAAAGGCCAAGCCAACUGCUGCAGUGGUAAGAGCCACUUGGAAAGGACCCCCCUUUUGUGUUUCCAUGUUAUUAAUCGGUUUGCAGCCAGCAGAGUAGUAGCCAUCAUGGGGUUGAUAAUCGAAGGAACAAUCUAUGAUGUAGUCAAAUUGGUGUUCCAAGUUGCCAUCACGAAGGUGGCACGAAUGGCAGUCCUAAUGGGUGUCAUUGUAGGCUCUGUAGCAAUUGCUAUCAGGGAGGUUCUCAUGUAUGCCCAAUUUUGCACCCAGUUGGUGGCAUCCCUAUUGGCGAAGCGGGCACCUCUAAUCAUCAGACAAAGGAAGUGCAGUGAAGAGACGAACCCAGCGCAGAGAUGCAUGUCUACCCACAAAUGUAACGUAUUAAAUAUAUCGCUUAAGGAUUGCACAACGGGUCAGGUAAUUUCUGCCCAUAGUAGAAGCUCCCUUAGAUCACUCUCAAGUCGUACCUUGUCGAAAAAGGAAAGUGGCAUAUGCAAGGUUGGUUGCCCUUUAGUGGAGAAUUCACCAUCUGAUAAUUUGAAAGCGGAAGAAAACAAGUCACUGCUAGGAGUGCAUGUUGGGGGGGAGCGUUCUGGCGGAGAGAAGGUUACCCUAGUUGAUAUGCCGAGAGAAAGAAUUAAGCAGCAAGGAAUUAAAGAGGAAGGAAUUAAACAGCCCGCGUGUAUCUUUUUUCCGCUUUGUAACGCAUCGAAUGUGCCCUGGGAGAGGGACGACUGCUUGAUGUUUGCGGCGUGUCUCCCGAUGGUUCAUGUCGGGGAAUAUUUCAAAGCAGAUUUUCGUGGACCACGCAUUUUCUACCUGAACGGUGCAGCAAUGAGCACUAUAUUUUGUGUUUCCUCGGAUGAGGAUGAAUGCGGCGAGAAAGCAGUACCCCCGAUGUUACUGUCGAUCGUAGGUAAACCUCGAACGGCUGGUGACCAUCAGUGGAAGUAUAACUUCAGUAGAAGAGACCCCCACAUGUGUAGCAAUCAAGUAGGAGAUAGCGAAUGGGGUGGUAAUAACAACGAUUAUGCAGAUGGUGGUGGUCGUCCUAGAAGAGGAAACUCUAAUGAAGGUGGAAAUAAUCAUCAAGAAGCUAAUAAUAACUGUAGUGGCAAUGGUAACCAAGGAGGUGAUAAAGGAGAUAGGGAUGAUCGAGAUGGAAAUGACAACAAUGAAGAGCAGAGAGGAGGUUUCCCAGAAGAGGAGGAGGAAGAAGAAGAGGAUGAGAAUGCUUUGAUGGAAAAUCAAAAUGGGAAGACAAAAAAGAAACGGAAAAAAAAAUUAAAUGACAAAAGUAGGAAUAUUAAUAAAGCCGCUAGUGGAAGGAAAGGGAGAAAAAAAAUAGAUACCUUAAGCGAUACGCAGGAAGAGAGUAACAUGGCUGGAGGGAACUACGGAAGUGUGCGUAACGUGAAACAGUUUGCCACUUUUGGAGGGAUGAAUAGCGUUGGUGGUGUGAACAGUAUGGGAGGCAUGCACAACAAUGGCUCAGGGUCCUUCCUUUAUAAUAGCCACAUGUCAGAUAAAAUUAUGCAUGACGGUAUGGGUAAGCUAAAUAUGAAGUCGGGGGGCGGGUACCCCAGUAGGAUGGGUGGCGAUGCGAACUAUCAGAUGGGCGGCCCGAUGGGCGCCCCGAUGGGCGGUCAUGUUGGGGGUCACGUUGGGGGUCAUGUUGGGGGUCAUGUUGGCGGCCACGUAGGGGGUAACGUAGGCGGGAACGGAGGCUGCAAUGCGGUCGGUCAGAUGCACAACGGGAAUUUUAACCUGUACUUGAGUAACCGCGGGAGCAUGCCGUACGUGCCUCCUUAUGGCAACUCUAACGGCCCCGUUGGACUGAGUAUGAACAGCGGGGCGGGAGGGUCGAUGAACGGCUCACUGGGUAACCACGCGAAUAGCAGCGGCCAGGCUAGCAGCUCGGUGCAGGGUCAGAUGAACCACAUGAACAGCGGCUUCCGAAACAGCGUGAUGAAAAACAGCUGCAGUCAGGUGAACCGAAUGAUGACCACCCCCCUCAGUCCACACCUGGCGAACAGCGGCGUGAGCAGCGGCGUGAACGGAGGCCUAAACAGCGGCGUAGGUAAUAACAUGGGUAACUACGGGAUGCACUUUAACCAGCAAAAGGGAAGCGUAACGAAUGGGCACGUGGGGAACAAGGUGAGUUUCCACGUGAAUGGUCAGAUGGGAGUAGGAUGCGGGGUGCACAGUGGAAUGAACAACGGAGGUAACAACAGCUUUGCGCACCCCUCGAACAACCACGUCGGAAACGUGGCGAAUAGCCUGACUAGUUCAGUAAGCAGCAGCGCCAACAUGCAUAUGGAGGGCUCGAGUGCAAGUGGCAGCAAUCAUAAGAAGGCGCACGUGAAUCUACACCAGGGAGGCAACAAAAUGAGCAAAAGUUCGCUGAAUAGCCAAUUGGGGGGUCUGCCGGGUGUAAAGCCGGGGGCGCACAUGAAUGGGCAUAUGCAUAGUCCGGGGAAUGGCCACAUGGCUAACCAGAUGGGCGGACAUGCGGUGAGUCAAACGAACGGGUCAUUGAUGAGUCAGACGAGCGGAUCGCUGAUGAGUCAGACGGGCGGGCCACUGAUGAGUCAGACGAGCGGUCACUCGAACAAAGCACUCACCACUGCAGUAAGCAUGAACAAGUUGAGCAACGGCAAGAAAGCCCAAAGCGGAAAUGGAAGUUUGAGCAUGAACAACCAUAUGAUGAACCAAAUGGCUAUCUACGUGAGCCCCAACAUGGGUCGAAAUUCUGUGACAAAAAAUAUGAUGAGUGCAAAUGCGCCCGAUGGAAUGAACAAUGGCAAAAUGAAGGACACACUCAUGAACAGCAGUGUGUAUAGGAGCAACAGUCUUUUGAGGGACACCCUGAUGGGAAGCAACAAGGCGGGUCAAAGUGGCGCGAUGAAGGGCGACAUGAUGAAGGGCGACAUGAUGAAGAGCGACAUGAUGAAGAACGAGAUGAUGAAGAACGAGAUGAUGAAGAACGAGAUGAUGAAAAACGAGAUGAUGAAAAACGAGAUGAUGAAAAACGAGAUGAUGAAAAACGAGAUGAGGAAUAAUAACAGUUAUAUGAUCGGCAUCAUGAAUGACAACUUGGUCAGUAUGAACAUGGGACUGGGAGCACACGGUAGCUUCCCUCCUAUGAAUAGCCCCCCCAUGUGCAGCAAUGGAAGCGCCAUGAAAUUUGCAGGAGAGAGAUACGCCAUGAAUAAGAUGCCCCCCAACAGCAACGGUGGAGGAGGCAAUGGCAGCGUCGGCAUGAUGAUGAUGAUGAUGAACAGAGAGAUGAACGAAAUGGGGAACCACCCCGGAAUGAUCAACUAUCUAAGUGGCAACAGUUUUGUAAAUAAAAAUAUGAAAGGUGUGAAGAUGGAGAGUAGCUACCCCUUUGAGCAGGCGAACAUGAGGAGUGACCAACUGCACCAUUUGGAGGUUCAUCAGGCGAACAUGGGUAACAUGCACAUGAAUGGGGGGAUGAAUGGGGGGAUGCAUGGGAGUAUGAAUGGGAACCUGAAUGGGAGUGUGAAUGGGAACCUGAAUGGGAGCAUGAACAGUGCCAAGAUGUACCUGAGCAAUGUACAGCUAGAGAAUGAGAAGCUAAGGAGCGGGAAUUUUCUUCAGGGAGAAAGUAAUCAGCUGUAUCCGUAUGGAAGUGGAGGAAACGGUACAUGUGGAGGUAGUGUGCACAACCAGAACGAGGACAUGAACGGAGUGGGGAAUGGCAGUGCAUGUGGAACUACGAAGGAUGUAGGAAGUGUGAGUAGCAAUAAAAACAAUACAGUCCUUAAUAGCAAGAAAAAAAACAAGAACAAUUUGAAGAAUGGAAGAGAUGACGAACUGAAUAAUAGCCAGAAUUUAAGGAGUGUAAAAAUUAACUGGAGUAAAUUUGAUAGCAUUUUUAAAAAAAUAAAAUUAGAAAAAGAUUACGAAAAAUUUCUCAACACAGAUGAGGAGAAGAAGAACAACAUGUCAGAUGCAGAUACUGAGGACAAAUCAGAUUGGGAUCAGAACCCAGAUCCAGGAUUUAAUGACCUGUUGAACAUUAACUUUAGGUCCUUCAUUCAUGAUUACAAUGACGUACUCAAUAAGCUGAACUCAAUCAAAGUGAAUGAUAAAAACGCGUUCAAAAAUAAUACAUAUACACAAUUGUAUGAGGAAAUUUUUCUAAAUAUUGAACGUUUUUUUGACAUUUCCCAGUUGAAGCAUGAAAAUAAUUUUACACAUUCAAAUUUUUACAAGAACACCCUUGAUCGUGUUAGCGGAGGAGAUAUGCUUUUUGCUAAUGGGAGUGGAAGCGAUUGCUACGAAGGGGGAGUGACUUCCACCGAGGUAGUAGUAGUAACCCCUACUGCAGCAUCUGGGACCGCGACCAAUGUGGGUCAUCAGAUCGGCAAGACGAAGCUUAACAGAGGGGGGAGCUCAAAAGCUAAGGACCUCGAGAAGGGGGAUGAUAACGGUGAAGAUGAAAUUAUGAGCAAGGCAAAGACGAACUUCUUUCAAAGUGUAUCCCGCAGCGCGGGAAAUAAUUCCCUGUUCGAAAUGUUAUUAAAAAAAAAAAAAGAGUUUGACGAGAUUUGCAUGCUGCAUAACUUCGACUCGGCGCUCACCGAUAGGAAGUUUCCCACCACGGAGAGGAACUUUGCCCACACGGUCUUGAAUUUUGCCUGCACGGACAAGAAAUCUUCCCACACGGACAACAAUUUCACCUCCACCAAUUUGCAGGACUCGCCUGCCCCAAAUAAGACAGGCGCCUGCGCGGCAGACUACAGAAACGGUGGUGCCCACUUCGGGAUCGGUAACGUCCGGCAUACACAGGAGAACAACCCAGGGACGAACAAAAAGGGAGGGAGUGAAAUAAAAAAUGCAGCGUACCAAAACUAUUUCAUAGAAAAAAUAUUAUCCAAAAGGUACAGGACGUAUUCCAUUAACGAAUUUGUAAAUGUUCAGCUGAAUGAAAAUUUGUUGGAACUUAUCGACAUGUACAAACAGAACCUUUGUUUUAAUAUUAGGAAGAUGUUGAAGAAAAAAAUGAGCCAUCAGAAAAAGAGACGCUUCGAUUGGGAUUAUGGCGUUAAGGAGAAGAAACGGAUCAGUAGAAAGACGUGGAAAGGGAAGAGAACAGAAUUACUCAUGGGAAGGAAAAAAAAAAAGAGAAGGAUAAUACGAAAGGGAAAAGGGUUUCCCAGUACAACGUUGAAGAUGGUAGGAAAGAUAAACAACAGUGAUGAGUUGGAAAGUGCAGAAGCAGGGUUGGCUCCCCAAUUGGGAGAUGAUCACCCUGUUAUAGAAGCGAAGAACGAAUCGGGGGAUAAUCUAGACAAACCACUUUUUUCUUUCUCCUCGGGAAAUUUUAGAAAGAAAAAAAAAAUCGAUCAAGACGAUUCUGCUAAUGUAGGCGGUGGUAGUAGCAUUCGUACAGAGGGGGGGAAGAAGAAAGUUGAAAAUUCUGCAGCGGGGAAGAAAUGCGAGCAGAAGAAACGGAAAGAUGAUGGUGGAGAAGAGAAGCCCAACGGGUUGAGAGAUCCGAGUGAGAACCCAGAUAGUGGGAUCAAUCAACUCGUGAAUAAGCUAUCCUUUGGGUUCUUCCAAUCGAAGAUGAAGUCCCCACAGAAGAGUGAAGGAGAAAUGAAAAAUAAGAGCGAUAGUACAGUAGACCAUUGUACGAUGGAGAACCACGGAGAUAUUAGCCUCUACAUAGAGAAGAAAGUCAGGAAAAAGGAAUCACAGCGAAGGAGUGGAGAAGAUCUCAUGCAAGCAUCAAAAAUGGAGUGUACCAAUCUUUCCAUCAACAGAGUGAAAAAAAAAUUAUUAGAAGAAAGGAGAAAGAACAAAUUGAACAAGAGAAAAAAAAUGAUGAAUCUGAAAUACAAAACUAAUGCUAUCAUCGAUUUUGGAGAUAAAAUUGUCUGGGUGUCAUUCGAAUUUAAUCACCUAGACACUCUGAGGAAGAUGAAAAAUAAUUUUUUCAACUUGUACAAUUUGAAUGAAAUUGAGAAAAUGAAAGAAUCGGAAAUAAAUUUGGAGAAAUGUAUUACGAAUGAAAUGAGAAAAUAUAAAAAUGUAAAAAUUAAAUUUUAUAAAUUGCUCAGUUAUUACGAUUUUGUUUUUUUGAAGAACCGAUUGAACUUCAUCAAAAUUAAGUAUAAGAAUGGGGUGACUAAGACUCCGAGAGGGAUGACCUUCUUCCCAGGUUGUUCCUUGUCAAAGGUGGCCGACAGGAAGGGGGAGGAUCUCCCAGCUGAGGCUACCUCGGUUGGGGUGGCUGUCGAUGAGGCUACCUCGGUAGGAGUGAUUAUCGAUGAGAGUGGCGGUGGAGCCAUCGUAAGUGACCCAACUGUGGGGAAUGUCGAAUGUGAGGCGGUAGAAAACAGAGACAGGAGUGAUAGCUUCCUUCAGGAUGGACCUACUAAGGGUAAGGACCACGGUAGGGGGGACGCCCUACUGAGCGAUCUCCACUCUAGUGCAGAGUUCGUCUCGAAGGAUGACCCGCAGGCAGGCGUAGUAGCCCUUAGUGAAGAGGGAGAAGUGAAAGGGGGAGAAGUGAACGGCGGAAGCGACCCCCCUGUUUUGAAGAGCGAAGGGGGGGCAGCCCAGCACUCGCACCAACAGGAGCAGCAGCAGGAACAGGAGCAACGACAGGGGCCCCUCGCGCGGGAGCAACUUCUUCCCCCGCCGCAUGGUACCUCCGUCUUUGCCAAAAGGGAGCACCCCAAGAGCGAAGUGAUAUACCCCUACCUGCCCUUCGCCAAAACAACAAAAAGAACAGAUGAUGGAGACAUUAAUGAGCUUAUAAAUGACGUGAAGAAUUUAUGUAUCGAACCCAACGACCAUAUGAUCAAAAAAAAAAAGCUAAGGAAGGACAUAACGCUAUUCCCACUAAUCGACAAGAAACGGUUAAACACGUACAUCCGUCUCGAUUUAAAUGCAGCUGCGAAGAAGGAAGAACUUAUCGCAAAUGAAACCAUAAACAACCAUUCAGUAGACAAAGAAAUGAGCAUCCUUAACAAAUUCUUGAGUACAAAUUUGAAGCUUGAAAAAAUGGAAUUUGGAAAAGUCGGGUCAGGAAUAACUGGGUCAGCUGGAGGGGGAGCAGCAGUUGGAGCAGUAGGAGGAUCAGCAGUUGGCUCAAUAGCAGGAGCAGCAGCUGGCGCAGGAAUAAUGAUAGAAAAUUAUGAUCAUGCAAGAAAUAACCAUAUGCAUAGUGAGAAAUACAACGCUGCCAAUUCGGUCCUGAUUGAUAAUUACGUAUGGUCCAACAACCCCUCCCUUUUCAGCAUCUUCGAGAAAUAUUAUUUGCUGUUAAAAAUGCAAAAAUAUAUUUUGCAAUAUAGGCACUUUUCAAAGAAUAACAUUAAGAAGAAACUAAGUUCAGAAUCCAACUGCGAUGUUUAUUCGAGUUCGAAUUCGGUGAAUGGUUCCUCUACUGGGAACGUUAGAGGUAGAAAGAGGUAUGGGAAGGGGAGUAAAGGUGCAAAGAGGGGCGGAGGACGUAGACUCUCUUACAAAGGUGGAAGGAGGGGGUUGGCUGCGGUGGCGACAUCCGCUAAUGAUACGACCCCCGUGGGUGCGAUUGGUGUGAAGAGGAGGAGAAAGGCAGGAGUGGCUAGCAGUAAGUCAUGCAAAGAUUUAACCGCUCCUCCUGGUGCCUCGCACAUGGUGUGCGCGAAGAAUGGUACGAAUGAGUAUGGCUUGGUUAACUGCGAAAAGAAUGAGCAGUUGGGAGCAACCACAUUUGUGAAGGUAGAACCGGAGGGGACACCGAUGUGUGUGGACUCGAUCCAGAAUGAAGGGGGUGACCUACAAGGGAUGGCCCACCAAAGAGAUAGCGCACCCAUUGGGAAGGGAACCAACGGCAGUGUAGAAGUGCCCCCCGAGCAGGUUGGCUCGUUUUACCCUGCCACGAAGAACGAAGUGGAGGAAGAGGCGAAUGCAAAAGGGAGAAACGCCUUGGCCGAUGAGGUGAACGUGCCAAGUGGAGGGGCAAUCGCGCAAGAUGCGCGCACGGCGAACGAAGUGGGUGUGAUUCGAAGCGGCAGAAGUGGGAGCAACAGGAGCAUCAGGAGCGGGAGUGUCAGAAGCGCGCACAGGAGGAACUCGCUCCAAAGGGGUGUGCCCAAGAGGGGGGUGAGCUUCCAGGAGUUGGAAGCGGACAGGGACGCAGGUAGAGACGCAGGCAGAGAUGCAGACAGAGACGCAGGCAUAGAUGCAAAGAGAGAUGCAGACGGAGACUCGGACGGAGAGGCAGAACUGGACACGGAGCUAGACCUGGAUGACGGAAGGGGGAAGAAAAGGAGAGGAAGGAAGAAGGGAAAAAAGAGGGGCAGGAAAAAAGGAGGAAGAAAUAAAAUAAAAUCAGAAGAAGAUAAAAUGAGAGAUGGAGAAAGUAAAAAAACAAUUUGGAGAAAACAAAACGGAGAAUGUAAAAAGGAGCAAUUAGAAGAUAGCAAAAAAUUCACAGAUCUUAUUAACAAUGAAGAAAUGCUGGAUGAAAUGGAUAAAGAAAUCUUGGAUAACGAAGUUAUACCAAUCGAUAAGGACAUCAUAAUCGAUUUGCUAUGCGAAGAGGAAAAACUGAUAGAAAGCUAUAUUAAAAACUCCAAAUUUGUAGACAAAAAUUUAAUUUGUUUUCUGAUUUAUCUCAAUACCGUUCAGAAGAGACUGAGCUCCAUCUCGAAUAUGUUACUUAGGAAGGUCAUCAAGGAAAAUAAAAUGCCUGUAAAAAUGAGUGAAAAUGUUAAUCGAAGUGACGAAAUUACUUAUAGAUAUCUUAUGUUUGAACGAUGGAAUCAAUUAAGGUACUCCCUUUUUUACAACAUGAAUUAUGUUAGAUGUGGUGAUAGUAGGAUGAAGCUUCAUGAUGGUGGACAAUCCGAUGGGUACAAAAAUGUAAAAAUUGAAACCAUUUUCGAUUUACACAAAUUUUCUGGAAAAUAUAAGAAGCAGAAAUUACCUCCCUUUGAGUACAGCAUGUUUCUUAAGUACAGAAUUCACAAGCAAAGUAAGUCAUGUGCAAAUGGAGAGGAUGGGGAGUGCUCCCUAGGUGGUAGACGCACAGAAGGGGUGGAAGAGACUGAAGAUGAAGAGGCCCUAUUCAUAAAUAAUGAGGAGAAUUUUUGCGGCUUUUCAAAUAACGCCGAUUUGAAUAUUACCCCUGUGUUGUCCUACUGCUGUGUGUGCUUUAAUGAUGACUAUAAUAGCACGCAGAUUAGUGAACAGGGAGAGCCUGUUCAGAACGUGUCUAGGAACAACUCCAUUUCGAACUCGGCUGUGGAUGUGAAGAGUGAGAGCAAGAACAUGGAUAAGACGCAGCAGGGACAGGGCAGAAGUAGGUCCAACUCGAAGAGAGAGGAGGUGACCCCUGGGACAUCGGAACAGAACGGGGGUGAGAAGGGCGCCCCGGAGGCGACCCCCGCACGGGAGGGUGCUGUAGGGAGCGGUUUGGGAAGCGGUUUGGGAAGCGGUUUGGGCAGCAUGGGCGUGACCCAGAUUAACGGCCCCCUCGGUGGGUGCGAGAAAAAAAUCAACAGCAUCUGCAGCGGCACGGACAUUGCCAUUAUCGAGAAAAACAUCAAGAGCAACCGUAACCUGAUGAUGCGCUGUGGAAGGUGCUACAUGCACGUGCACAAGUUUUGCUACAUUUCGACCAAAAAAACGGAGGAAAGUAGUUCCACGUACGCACAGGCAACCACUCCCAUCGGUUCCAACGAGUGGCUCUGUCAGAGAUGCGAGUUUGAAAAGAAGGCCUUAGGAAACAAUUACCUCUACCUAUUUGAUAAUCAUGUCAAGUGUUACAUAUGCAUAGAAAGAGGAGGAGCGUUCAUCCAACUUAGGAGUGACAUUUUUGUCCACACCUUCUGCGCCAUGUUCUGUGUCCCAGACUUGCUCGUCAAUGCAAAUGUAAAUUUAGAAAAUAUGGAAGAAUUCCUGAAACUAAAUAAUUUAUCCUUGACGCAGGAAAUUUUGUCUUCUUUGGAGAGGAAGAGGCGAAAGCUUUUGAUGAGCAGCAACCUCACGAAGGAGAGGAGAUUGGCGGAGGGUACAAAGGAGGAUGGACUCCUCCCCUGCGUGACUGGGAAUAGUAACUUAAUAGAUCUGAACCCAUGUAACGAAUCGCUAUCUCAUCCCAGUGUGAUAAAUUUACCUGUGAAUAACUCCCCACAUGUAGUAGUAAACUGCGGAGAAGAGAAGUCAACAGAUUUUGUAAAUUUGGGAAAGAAUGAAGACACGGGGGAGGGAGGAAGGAAUUCUCUAUCAGACCCCUCUAAGGGACACACGAUUAGCGGAGCAGCUGAUUGUGGAGGUCCUAACCCACAGGUGGAUAUCGAACAUCGGUACAAAAACAAAUCGAUAAGGUCUAUUUUUUCGAAAAGUUACAUCUCCAGUACUAACCAUAGUGGUAAAAAAAAUGUGGAUACGAUGAAUGGUGGUGCUAAGGCUGGUGACUUGUUCCCGUUGGAGCAGAAGGAGGAUAAGAAGAAGAGGGGAAGUGAAAAUUUUAGCCAGAUUGAAAAUUUGAAAAAAAAGAAAAAAAAUUACAACGGGGGAUAUGAAUAAAUGAGCGGCGGUAUGAGCGGCGGUAUGAGCGGCGUGGCGAACGGCGGGUUGGAGACUGGUGGAGACGGGGCCAAAGGUGCCCUCGGUGAGGACAAGGGGGAGAGCAAUAGCCGUGCGCUUCUCCUUGAGGGGGGUGAGUCCACGAGAAGCGGCUUUGACAAUAGGAAAGACGCGAACCAAUCGCAAGGAAAAAAGGACAGUGUGCGAAUACAAUAUGGGGAGAGCUACCCACAGGAUGGAUACUCCUCCUCCGAGUCUUCGUGCUCCACCCUGACGGCGUCUUCCACUCGAUCCGACUCGACGUUGUUUCACCGCCAGGAUGAUGCCACGAAUGUAGAGAGGGGUCGUCACCACGAUGAGGAGGCCACAUUAAACGGAUCGGUGAGAAGGCAAAAAGAGAAGAAUAUGAAGAACCUCCCCUCGAAACUGUUAUCAUGCAGCCCGUACCUACUGAACGGAUACGCACAGGAGAAGGUACGGUGCGACAUUUGUUUGAAGAGCAAAGGAUUAUUCAUCAAAUGUGAACAUAUCAAAUGUGACAAGUAUGUUCACCCGCUGUGUGCAUACAUGUGUGGAUUAUACAUCAAAUGCAAAAAUUCAAAUAAAAAAUUUUUAAAAUUUCAAAACAAAGUUGAUUAUUGUUUCCCUCGCAUAUUCUUUUUCAUAAAGUGCAUCUUCCACUCCAUAAGAAAAUGUGGUGCCAUUAGAAUCUACGAUGAGAUGAUAAAGCGAAGGACCAAGUACCUUAAUCGGGAUUUAUAUCCAAGUAUAUACGAAAGCAAUAAAAAGGAGAGGAAGCAAAAGAAUUCUGUCAAGUACAAAAUUAGAAAUAACUGUAAUUCUUAUCAGUAUAAUUUUUUCCUCCUUCCAUCGAUUGAUUAUAUAAAGAAUGAUAUUUGCUUGGUUUGCUUUACAUCCUAUAAGAAGAAGAAGCUGCUGUAUUGUAAGUAUUGCAACAUGUGUGUGCAUAAGAGCUGCUACCUUGUCGACUCGACCUUCUUGGAGUAUCACUUUUAUCGAAAGAAUAAAAGGACGCAUACCUUUUUAAUGCACACAAAGCAGCAGAAGGUGAAGAAUUUGCUGGGGAAAGUAAAGGAGAAGAAGGAGGCUCUGUUGAACAUACUUCACGAGGAGAAUGGACACUACGCGUAUGGUGAUGUGUCGCUGGGAGGAGUAGCUACCUCAGUUGUGAAAAAGGAGGACCUAACCGAUGGGGUGAUUGCCCCCCACCAUGGGAUGAUUGCCUCCCACCAUGGGAUGGUUGCUCCCCACCAUGGGAUGAUUGCCCCCCACCACGAGAUGACAGAUCUUCCUGCACUAACAGAAACAGGGAGGGAUCACCCCAGCGGAGUAAAAUGUGAGCACGUGGAGGAGCAACUUCUGGAAGGGCAUCUUAACCCCCCUGGAGAAAAUUCCAAAAAUGUAAAUCAGGACCUCCUCCCCCCUGUGAGCAAUCGUAUCAUCAUGCCUGAAGGAGGCGCACCAAAUUGUGUAGCACAAAGGGACGAAGCCCCCCCAGGUGAGGGGCCAGCGGAGCACUCGAAGGAAGAACAUGCACAGUUUGAAAAAAAAAAUAGCAGGGACAAAGAAAUAGAAAAGUCCACAGUAUUCAAGGAGUUAAUGAAAAAUGAAGUACUGAAUUGUUUAUACACCCCUGAAUAUUUUCAAAGCGCAGAAAUUAUGAACAAACUCAAGGAGUUUAAAAAGAACCAAAGGUUUCUGCAACUAAGUGAAGAUGGGAAGUACCGAUGCGAGGAGGAGAAGUGCCUAACCGAUUUGGACGAUAUAGAAGAAAGGAAAUUAUUUGUAUGUGAUUUGUGUGCCAAUAAUUAUAGUUAUGAAAAUGUGAACUGCAUACUGUGCAGUCGAAGGGGAGGUGCGAUCAAAUUAAUCAGAGUUAAUGAUUACAAUAAGGGAGAGAAAAAUAAAAAUAAAAAAACGCCUUCUUGAAUGCAGUGUGCUUUGUAUGCUCCUCAAAUUAUUAUACAAGACAUUGGGGAGGAAUACUACCAGAUUUUUAAUUAUGAUAAUUUUUCCAUGCACGACUAUGACGAGGUGUCCGAGAUGAAAGAGAAGGACUUCAAAUCAGACACCGAAAUUUGUGUUUUGAAUAACGAGUGUGAUUAUGAUGAGAAGCAGAGUUUGUUGGGAGAGUUUCUUUACCGCCAUGCAGCCGGGCCCGCUGUGAACAAGGGUAGGAACGGCCGCAGGGUCCCCGCUAGGAAGAACAUCGCUAGUUCUGCUGUGAGGCAGUCUAACGGGAUUGGCAACCCCGGUGGGGGAGAAGGCGACGCGAAGGUGAAAAAGCAGCUGAGUUUUGACGUGGCGAAGAAGGGAACGGAUGGAGUGAGGACGCUAUCGCAGAGUGGGCUGCAAAGUGGGCUGCAAAGUGGGUUGCAAAGUGGGCUACAAAAUGGGCUACAAAAUGGGCUACAAAACGGGCUCCAAAACGGGCUCCAAAACGCAGAACACUGUGGCGCCCACUUGGUUAAGCAGGAGCGGGAGGAACACCCAACGGAGGCGUGCAACCUGAUGGGCGUCGCACAAUGUGGGGACACUCUCCACUGCCCCAACGCUACCACAAACAGUAAUAUAAUUCUAAACAAAAUAGACAAAUAUGGAAGGAGACUUAAAAAAGGAAAAGAAAUUUUAUCCUACAGUAAAUCGAGUAGCAUGAUGGGAGAUACCAACAAGAGGCUAAUAGUAACAUCAUCCACACACGUAGGAUAUUCAAAUAAAAAAACAACCAAUCUGUACUAUUACAACUUCAACAGAAAAAAAAAUAAUUACAAAAUUAUUAUUAAAGAUAAAUUAAAAAACAUUUAA